GCUGGGCGGAGGGGGCGGGGCCUGGCGCGGGCGGCAGCGAUGGCGGCCGAGGCGCUGUCGCGGGUGCCGGACGUGCAGAUCGAUGGCGAUGGCGUUUUCAAGUACGUGCUGGUGCGGGUGAGCGGGGCCGGCGCGCCCGCCAAGGAUGUCGUGCGAGGCCACGGCUGGGCCGAGUACCACGCCGACCUGCUGGAGCGCACCGCGGAGGAGCUGGCGCGGCACGGGCUGAGCUGCGAGUGCCUGGGCGGCGGCCGCCUCGCCCACCGCCCUCAGGAGAGGAAGAUCCACGUCUACGGCUACUCGGUGGGCUUUGGACGAGCUGACCACGCUGUGACCACAGAGAAGCUGAAGGCCGAGUAUCCCGACUACGAGAUCACCUGGGCGGAUGAAGGGUACUGACUCCUUUGUCUGUGAUGCCAGCCCAGAGCUGGCACAGCUGGACACAGCACCGGGGCGGUGGCAGCAGGCUCCCCACGCUUGAUGGUGCUCCAGGCUCUCCUGAUUUUCCUCUACAUUGAACUCGCCCAUUCUCUACCAUCACCGGACUGUCCCCAUGCUGGGUGCUCCCACCUCCCUGGAAUAGCAAAGCUGGUGAAGCCAGUGGUUGCUCUGUCCCAGCCUCUGGGUGCCAGGGGCUCAACCCACGUGUAUCUGUGAGAAUUAAAGUCGUUGGGGGAGCACAGCUGCUCCGGUGGCCAUGCUCA